AUGAAUAAAAUUAUUUAUUUGUUUGUUAUUUUAUUAAUUUUUGGAUAUUUUAAUGGUAAAAUAAUUUGCCAAAAUGUUCCACCAAAACAACAUUCUGAAGCUAUUCAAUUACUAGCUCUUACAAAAGGCCCAUCAUAUAAUGCAGUAUGUACUUGGCUCACUUGCGCACCAUUAAAUGAUGGUUCUGGUAAUUAUACAGUUACAAAGAUUAAUUUAUCACUUUUAAAUGGUAUCAAAAGUGCUUUUUUAGACAUUGAUUUCUCUGUUUUUGAAAAUGUUACAAGUAUUACCCUUGGUCAAGGAAUUUAUCCAUCUAAAUUAUUUGACAGUUUAACAAAAUUAACAUCUUUAACAGUUUUAGAUAUUGAUACAUUUAAUUCAACAUAUACAGAUUCAUUAUUAGUUAUGCCAAAAACAAUGUAUCUAAUUAAAAUUUUGAAUAUUGGUACAAAAUUAGGAGUUAAUUUUUUUAAAAGUCCAGCCUAUUAUGUUUCGCUUUACAAUGGUUUACCAGGUUAUGAAUUACCUUCUACUUUUCCAAUUGAUUUCCCAGUAAAUGAAAAAUUAAAUAAUUUGGAUAUUCCAGUUAGACCAGGUUCAGGUUUUCCAAGUAACAUUGGUUCAGCAUUCAAAAAUUUAAAUAAUCUUGAAUUAUAUAUUCAAAAUGGUAAAUUUGAUUCAUCUUAUACAGAUUUUAAUUUUCCAACUUUUAAUGUACCAUUUUAUAACUUAACAAAGUUUUCAAUCAACUUUAUGAAUUUCGAUAGAAAUAUCAAUUUUGCAUACCCUUAUCAAACUUGGCCAUUCCCUUCAAACUUAAUAAAUAUUUCAAGUAAUUUAAAUACUCUUAAUAUUAGGAAUAAUGGAUUUAAUAAAAGUAUCACAGAAAGUUAUUUAGAUUUUUCAUUUGUAAAAGCAGAUGAAUUUAAUUUAGUAUUCGCUGGUGGAGAUAAUAGAGAUUAUUCACCAUUGGAGAGUUGUAAUUAUAUAAGAUGUACAACAAAACCAUGUAUUAAAUUACCACCAAACACAAAAUUUAUAAUGAAUUGGUGUUACCUUAAUAUAUCAACAUUUGAUUUCAAAAAUGUUUCAGCAAUUACAAUAAACAAUAAUAGAUUACAUCAAACCUUCCCAGUGGAGGUUUUUAAUUUUAAUCAAGAUAAAUUCAAGAUAAAUAUUAAUGAUAAUAAUUUCACAGGUACUGUUCCACAAGAGUUUUGUUAUUUGGAAAUGGGAAAUUUUUAUUUUGGUAAUAAUGACUUCUCUGAUGUCCCAACAUGCUUUAGUUGUCUUGGUACAAGAUAUUUUGGUGGUUACGAUCCAACAUAUGUAUCUGUCAAUCCAUGGAAAGGUAAUAAUUUCCCCGAUUAUGGAACAACAUGUAACACUUUCAAUUUCACAAAACAGUUCAAUUAUGUUGCAAAAACAGAUGGAUCAACUAUUUUAACAAUAUACGGUACUGAUUUUGGAUGGUAUAUUAAAAAUCCAUUAUAUUUGAGAGUUGGUGUACCAAAUAAAUAUCUUAUUAUUCCAGUUCCAAUGGGUAUUGGAAGAGGAGAGCAAUCAACUGGAUUUACGAAUGAUAAAUUUCUCUCAUUUAACUAUACAUAUGAAGAACCAAUAAUUACAUCAUUCUCUUACAAUAGUACCGGUACUCCAAAACUUUUAAUUACUGGUUCUGGAUUUAAUUUUAUUGGAAAAAAUAAUGUUACCAUAGAUGGUGUAGUUUAUACUUUUUCACAAGCAUAUACUUAUCAAUACAAUGGUUCAAUUUAUCCUACCGUUUUAAUGAAUAAUUUUCCAAAUGGUAACAAAUUUACAGUAUCAAUUAAUGUUGGUGGUGUUCAAUCAAAAAAUGUUACAUUUGAUUUAGAUUCUUCUUCAGGAGGUAGUUCAACUACAGCUGGUCCAACUACAGCUGGUUCAACUACAGCUGGUUCAACAACAUCAGUAACUUCAGGAAGUGGUUCAACAAUAGGUGGUUCAACAACAUCAAGUUCUCAAACAACUUCAUCUAAAUCCUCCUCAACUGAUGACUCAUCAAAUCAUCCUUCCUCAUCUUCUAUACUUAAUGUAUCACUCAUUUCAUUUAUAUUUUUAAUUAUUGCUUCAAUUAUUAUAUAA